GCUCAAUCCUCAGUCUGGAACAAUUUUCCUCGGCCUUAGACAUCCUUAACGCAUCAUGACAAGUUCGGCAGUGACGACUCUAACGGUUAAUGAAGAGAAUGAAAAAGAUGUAAUUUCUUCACGGCCCAAUGAUAACUCUGGGGAAGCAGUAGAGGAUACCAAGGAAGAAGGCCAGGAUCCCACGGAUGAAUCCACCAAGUUAGAACGAUGGAAUUACCCGAGGAUCAACAUGUACCGGUACCUCACAACACUUCUUUGCUUUAUAAACAUGGGAAUGAAUGAUGCUGCAUACGGUGCUUUAAUACCUUAUCUUGAAGUCUACUACAACGUAAACUACACCAUCAUCUCACUCGUCUUUCUGGCUCCCUUUCUCGGCUACACACUCGCCGCGUUCCUCAACAACACAGUACACAUGCGCUUCGGUCAGCUUGGCAUAGCGAUCAUUGGACCAUCUUGCAAAAUUAUCGCCUACGUAGUAAUCUGCAUCCACCCGCCCUACCCCGUUCUUCCUGUGAUUUUCAUGUUCGCAGGUUUCGGGAUAGGGUUGGCAGACAGCGGGUGGAACGCCUGGAUUGGGAAUAUGCAGAACGCAAAUGAGAUGCUCGGAAUCUUGCAUGGUUGUUAUGGACUAGGAGCGGCGAUCAGUCCGUUGAUUGCUACGGCUAUGGUCACGAAGGCGCAUUUAGUUUGGUAUAAGUUUUAUUAUCUAAUGGUUGGAGUUGCAGUUCUAGAAUUGGUCCUUUCUAUUGUCACUUUCCGGAGGGCAACAGGAGCCAUCUAUCGCGCAAAAAACCCUGGGACGCAUUCUGAAGAAGGGCAUUCACGGACCAGAGAAGCACUGCGUAACAAAAUCACAUGGCUCUGCGCCAUCUUCCUGCUCUUAUACGUCGGGGUUGAGGUUUCUCUCGGCGGCUGGCUCGUUACCUUCAUGUUGAAAGUUAGGCAUGGAGAACCUUUUGCUUCAGGUCUCGUUGUGACGGGAUUUUGGCUAGGUUUAACAUUUGGACGGGUGAUCCUCGGGUUCGUGACAGGGAAAAUAGGAGAGAAACUUGCGAUCGCAGGCUAUCUCCUCAUUUGCAUGGGACUUGAGCUCUGCUUUUGGCUCAUCCCGAAUUUUGUUGCAAGUGCAGUGUUCGCGGGUUGGCUUGGGUUCUUCCUGGGCCCAUUAUUUCCCGCAGCAAUUGUGGUGGCUACAAAACUUCUGCCGAGGAGGUUGCAUAUUAGUUCGAUUGGAUUUGCGGCAGCCUUUGGAGGAGGUGGUGCUGCAGUUUUACCGUUUGCUGUGGGGGCGAUUGCUCAGGCAAAAGGUGUGCAGGUUUUGCAACCGAUUGCACUUGCAUUGUUCGUGGCUAUCUUGGCAUUUUGGUGCUUAUUGCCCGGAGGGUUCAAGAAAAGGGGAUUGGAAGAAGUGCAGAGACAAAGGGACGAGGAAGCGAAUUGCGGGGCAGAUGAUGAGGGAGGAGGCCUGAGUGCGUAAAGUAAGGCAAGGUGCCGAGAGAAGGAGGAAGAGACUUAGUAUCGCAUAGCCACAGGUCCGGAGGAGAUAUUGAAUUGGUACGGAGGGCGGAAUAAUUAUGGAGGUAAAUCAAAAGUAGGAUAGAAUGCAAAAGUACCUUGCA